AUGGCUCUCGGAUUUGGGCUUCAAGCAAUCCUCGGUUUCAUCCUUGGCGGUGCACUCGGAAAUAUCCAAGACAUGCUACCUUUAUUCAUAGUCAUGUAUGGUGUCUUCUUGACUCUCGGAGAAGUCGGACCAGGUGCGACCAUCGUCCUCACAUCCAGCGAGUCUUUCCCGACCUCUAUCCGAGGUCAAUGUCUUGGUCUCAUCGCAGCACUUGGGAAAGCUGGUGCUGCUAUCGGUACCGCUGUAUUUGCGCCUAUCCUGGCCAGCUUUGGAGAUAGUGUGUAUAGAGGUAAUCAAGCUGUGUUCUUGAUCGGUAGCGGGUUCGCUGCUGCGGGUGCGAUCUCUUGUUGGUUUGUCAUCCCGGAUAUCAGUACGAGGUUAGAAAAUGAGGAUGAUGCUUGGAAGAAGUAUUUGAAAGAUAUGGGGUAUGAGAUUCAGUGGGGUGAUGAGGAGACGAAAGAUCCAGAAGGAUUGAGACUUGAUGCUUUGAGGAGUUAA